AUGUCCACGCUCGCCGCGUUCAAACUGCCCACCAUCUCCAACGAACCGAACAAACACUACGCCAAAGGCUCGCCGGAGCGAGCAGGGCUGGUGUCCGCCCUGGAAACGUUCAAGUCCAAGAUGCCGCUCGAAGUGCCGCUCGUGGUCUCCGGCGAAGCGAUCAAGACGUCGUCGGUACUCGCCCAGCACAGCCCGUCUUCACACGCGACGUCGGUCGCCAGCUACUCGAACGCGUCGGCGGCGGAGGUGCAAAAGGCCAUCGACGGAGCACUGGCCGCGAAGCCGGCGUGGGAAUCGCUCCCGUUCGCCGACCGAGCGGCCAUCUUCCUCAAGGCGGCGGACCUGAUCAGCACAAAGUACAGGUACGAGAUCAUGGCGGCGACGAUGCUGGGACAGGGCAAGAACGCAUGGCAGGCCGAGAUCGACGCGGCGGCCGAGCUGGCUGACUUUCUGCGGUUCAACGUGCGGUACGCCGAGGAGCUGUACGCACAGCAGCCCCCCUACAACUCUCCAGGCGUGUGGAACAGGGUCGAGUACCGCCCCCUCGAAGGGUUCGUGUACGCCAUCUCCCCCUUCAACUUCACGGCCAUCGGCGGCAACCUGGCGGGAGCCCCCGCGUUGAUGGGCAACGUGGUGGUGUGGAAGCCGAGCCCGUCGGCGAUCGCGUCCAACUACCUCAUCCACCAGAUCCUGACCGAGGCCGGACUGCCCGCGGGGGUCGUCCAGUUCGUGCCCGGCGACGCCGAGGAGGUGACGAAGGUGGUACUGGCGCACAAGGAGUUUGCCGCCCUGCACUACACGGGGUCGACAGCCGUGUUCCGCAAGCUCUACGGCCAGAUCGGCGAGGGCAUCGCCGCAGGUCGGUACAAGGGAUACCCCCGGAUCGUCGGGGAGACGGGCGGCAAGAACUUCCACCUCGUGCACCCAACCGCCGACGUCGACAACGCCGUGGCCCAGACCGUGCGCGGCGCCUUCGAGUACCAGGGCCAGAAGUGCAGCGCGUGCUCGAGGCUGUACGUGCCGGCGUCGCUGUGGGAGGCCGGGUUCAAGGCCAAGCUGGUCACGGCGACCGAGUCGCUCAAGGUCGGCGCGCCAGACGAGAACUUUGGCCACUUCAUCGGCCCCGUCAUCCACGACGCGAGCUUCAAGAAGCUGUCGGCCGUGAUCGACGACGCCGCGAAACCCGACUCGGGCCUCGAGCUGAUCGCCGGCGGCCACUACGACAACUCGCGCGGAUACUUUGUGCAGCCGACCAUCUACGUCGCCAAGGACCCCUCCCACAAGAACUUCACCACCGAGUUCUUCGGCCCGAUCCUGACGUGCCACGUCUACGACGACUCCAAGCCCGCUGCAUUCGAGGACGUCUGCAAGCUGAUCGACAGCACGUCGGAAUAUGGUCUCACCGGUGCCGUGUUUGCUCAGGACCGCGCCGCGGUACGGUACGCCGAGGACGCUCUACGGAACGCGGCGGGGAAUUACUAUAUCAACUGCAAGUGUACAGGUGCCGUAGUAGGUCAACAACCCUUUGGAGGAGCCAGAGCAUCAGGAACAAACGACAAAGCCGGCUCUGCAGCGAUCCUGUCCCGGUUCGUCAGUAUGAGAUCGAUCAAGGAGGAGACGCUACCUAUUUCCCAAGUCGAGUACCCAUCCAACGACGUCUAG